AUGUGUGAUGGCAUGAUUGAACGCGAUAACCGCACGAUUCAAGUCAUGCUCCGAGCUUUCAUUGAUUCAGCUGAUUGUGAUUCUUGGGAUGAACGGUUGCCGCUGGCACAACUGGCCUACAAUACGAGACCAUCACCCUGCAACUCCAACGACCCCCUCCUUCACCGCCUCAUCCGCAACGACAUCACCACCAGCAACACCACCAGCAACACCACCAACAUCACCCCCGACAACACCACCAACAUCACCCCCGACAUCACCACCAACCAAAUCUUCAACAACACCUUCAACAACAAAUCUAACAUCAACUGCAACCACAACACCCUUCCCAGCACACAACACCACCACGCCCACUAA